GCAGGGGUGACCGGCCUGGGCCGGGUGGCAGCAUGGUGGUGACCCAAAGGGCUUCCUGCCACCACCGCCUGCCUCAGCAGAAGACACAGGCCGGGCCCUGCCCAUCCCAGGUGUGGACAGCAGCCAAGGGAAGUGUGCUCGGGGACAGGCAGCAGUCCCUGCCCUCGCCUCCCUGGUCCACACCCUCGGCUCCCCGCCCCACUCAACCCCCCCAACCCUGGCACGGGUGAGGAGGAGGGGGAGGCGGGGCGAGCCCGGCACCGGAACAAAAGGUGCCUGGGACCGGUGGCUCAGAUCUGCCCAGAAGGACCACAGUGAGCACGCAGGGCGGUGCGGGCCAUCUGUGGGCGUGAAGGGAGGCUGGCUGGGCCUCGGGCCGGGCUCCCCACCACCGGGUCCGCACCCUCAGGCGGCAUGGCUGCCCACCCCAUGCUGGCUCUCGUGGCUCUCCUCUGCUCCGUGCCCCAGGCCGGCUCCACGGUGAAGCGUCGGCAGCCGGUCCAGGCAGUGCUGCUGGAACCCCAAGGGAGGGACUGCUCUCAGAUCUGGACGGAGACGUCCGGAGCCCCAAGCGGCGUGUACGCCAUCCAGCCGGAGGGAGCCGGCGCCCCGUUCCAGGCUCUGUGCGACAUGCGAGAGGACGGCGGCUGGACGCUGAUUCAGAGCCGGGACUGGGGCAGGCGGAGGCGUCUGGACUUUGAGAGAUGCUGGCAGGAGUACAAACAGGGCUUCGGAGACUUGACGGGCGACCACUGGCUGGGGCUGGAGCACAUCUCCGACCUGACCUCCCAGCCCGGCCUGCGCUCAGAGCUCCUGGUGGACCUCCUGGGCGUGGACAACCGCACGCUCCAGGCGCACUACGAUGACUUCCACGUGGCCGGGGAGGACCUGUUUUACCGGCUGACCCUUGGCCUAUACUCUGGAAACGCAGGCUGUCGCUCCCCAGGCGUCCGUCCUGGGGUCCCAGACGCCAAGGCAGCCAGCGCAGCUCCACGAUGGGAGCUCGGGCCAGAGGGGCAGCCGGCCCGCCGCCCACGCAGCCACCCUGCGCAGGGGACGCGUUCCGGGGCUCCGGCGGCCCAGAUGACCAAGAGGGCUGUGGCUUCAGCACGCUGGACCGCGACCAUGACCGCUGCUCGCCCUGCACCGACGGCGCAGAGCCCUUCGCCAGCUGCAGCCACGAUCGCUCGGGCGCCGGCUGGUGGUACAGUGACUGCGGCCAGGCUGACCUCAAUGGGCUGUGGCCGGAGAGCGAACGGGCCAUCCCGGGCAUGCGCUGGACCGUGGGCGACCACCAGCCCACCCUGCGCGCCAGCGUGCUGCGAGUGCGCACCACUGCUUCCCACAAGGCCUAGGCCCGUCCUUGGCUGAGCCUCAUUAAACGUUCAAGCUGGC